AUGCAGCAGAAUUCGCCAGACAUUGGCGUGACCCCCCAGGUCUACAUGUACUAUGCCAACAUGGCACCAAGCUCAUACUACCUACCGUUUGACGAGGCCAACCUACGGGCUUUGAGCAGACCAUCAGCUACGCCCUCCAUGAUCACGACAUCCACGGGCCCUGAGCAGGCUCUCCCCAUGACGAGGGAGAACAGCUUUGUUCAGACCAGCCCCCGCGUUGACAUCACGAGGAUGCCCUCGUCUGCCUCCUACGCCGACUCUCUCUCCGGCCACGCCAUGGCGGAGUUCCAGCAGUCAAACUUCUCCGAUCCAUUCAACCUGUCCGAAGAUCUCCUGGCAGUGGGCUGUGGCUUUACCAAUCCCACCACAAUGCAAUACUCGCCCCUGGAAUAUCAAACGUCCAUGUCCCCUACCUUUACUGCCGCUUCCAUGUAUCCGUCCCCUCCUGGUGCCGCUUUCAUGCAUCGAGGAGACUCAAUCUCCAGCGUCAGGUCGACUUCUUCUUUGGCAAACCGGGCCAGGGAGGCUCAAAAGCGGAUUCUGCAGGCACAAUCAACCUCCAUUGCGCCCAUGCCCCAGCCGCUGCCCCCAUCGCCGCCUAGAGCGACGCAUGGGAAGCGCACUACCCAGCAAGGCACCAAGGCUAAACAAAAGCCAAAGCACCCAAAGCUUCUCUGCGAGUUUUGCAACGAACACCCCGAUGGGUUCCGGGGCGAUCAUGAGUUGAGGCGCCACACCAUUGCCAAGCAUUGCCCAAUCGUCAAGAGGUUCGUCUGCCGUGACCCAAGAGAGACCGGCAUCCCCACCGUGCUCACGCCCCUCUACCCCCUUGCGCAAUGCAAGACCUGCGCCUCGAAAAAACAGUACAACGUCUAUUACAACGCGGCAGCCCAUCUUCGGCGCGCUCACUUCACAGAGAAGCCAAGACGAAGAAAGGCCGACAUGAGCACAGGCGAGGAGGGAGCCGAGGAGGGAGCCGAGAAGAGAGCCGAGAAGAAAACCGAGAAGAGAGGCAACAAGGGAGGUGGCAAGUGGCCUCCCAUGUCUGACCUCAAGGUUUGGUUCCUCGACACCGAAGUCGAGGUUGAAGGAUCUGCCUCGAUGGUUACGGGCGAUAACCCUCCAGAUGAAGGGUCUCUUUCCCCGGCAACAGCCUCUACUACGCACAUGAGCACCAGUCCCGAUUCGUUCGGACAAGGUGACUUUGCCAUGCCAGUGAGCUACGUGGACCAGCCGGCUCAGGAGGACUCGCAGUUCUCUUUCCUGUCUGCUGUCGACGACAAUGACAUGGACAUUGACCUGCUCGGUACAUCGCAAGAUUUCACGACAUCCAUGUUUCAAAACAUGGAUGACGUGGACUUCGAUUUCGCAUGUCUUGACGAUAUCCCCAAUGCUGGUUUGGAUUAUCCGCGGCUCUGA